AUAAUGUGAAUCUUUUUACUUAAGCUUCCAUCUUCGUUUUCAUUUUAAUUUCAUUCCCAAUAUCUCAUCUUUCCAAAAUGUACUUGAGCUUCCAUCUGCUUAGGCCAACAUCAGUUUUUUCAUUUUUGUUAGUAACCCUUCAUCUUUUAUUACCAGGGGCCAAUUCAGCGGUGUUCACACUAAUUAACAAGUGCAACUACGCAGUGUGGCCAGCUGCUCUUACUACAAGCACAAACGCAACUCUCCCAACCACCGGCUUAAUUUUAAAGUCGGGAAAGACUUCCACCGUCACAGCCCCCGACACCUGGUCUGGCCGUUUCUGGGGCCGGACUGAUUGCAACAUAGACUCUGUCACCGGAAAAUUCUCAUGUCUCACCGGCAACUGUGGGUCAGAGAAGUUAGCUUGUAAUGGCAAGGGACCCGAACCACCUACCACGCUGGCACAAUUUAGUUUAUCCAGUGAAGGUGGACUUGAUUUUUACAACGUCAGCGUGGUAGACGGUUUCAACGUCCCCAUUCUGGUGGUUCCUGUUGGUGGUUCUGGCGAGAAUUGUAGCAGCACCGGUUGUCCUGUGGAUCUUAAUAACGAGUGUCCCACAAAUCUUCGGGUCUACAACAAAAGUAAAGUGGUGGGGUGCCAAGGUGCUUGUUCUGCAUUAAAAUUGAAGCAAUUUUGCUGUGUUGGAAAAUAUUCAUCUCCGAAAACUUGCGAGCUAAGUUCUUACUCUCUUGCGUUCAAGAGGGCUUGUCCUGAUGCUUAUAGUUAUCCUUACGAUUAUGGGACGAAAACAUUUAGUUGUUCAUCCGAAAGUUAUAACAUUAUAUUUUGUCCAUUUUCCAAAAAGAAAACUCUUUUUGAUACUCUAUUUCGUCCUUUUGUAAUAUUGAUAUCGGUGAGUGUUGUAAUUGGAAUUGUGGUUAGAUGUUGCUGGUGUCCCGCACAAAAACAAUAUGUUGACACAAGUGUAAUUGUAAGGCCUGCCCGGCCUAUGCUGGUUUAUUAUUGAGAAUCUUUAUCAAGAACAUUAUAAAGAUGAAAAUCAGUUUUAGUUUAAUACUGAUUUGAGUA